UAUCAAUUGUUAGUCGAUCAUUCACAAUCAAUAUGUUUGGUUUAACCCUUUUUGUGAUCAAGUGUUGUUGUUUACAGUUUGUUUUGUCCGAGGAAGUAUUUGAUUCUGGAUCGAACAAUGACUUCCGUGAAAAUAUUCAUAAUGGCAAGUUUGUUAUCUAUGAUCAAAUCGAUCGUCAAAUGGUUGAAUCAGCAAUGGAUGAAGUGAUGGUUCCAGGCGAAGAUGAAUCGUUUCCAUUCAUGACAAAGGUUUUGCCUGAUUAUCAGCAUAAGGAUAGUCAAACAAUUCACACUUACAUGUUACCGCCAGAGGCUGAAGAUCACUUUGAUAAUUUUGAGAGACCACUUUCAAUGGAGAUAAAUGAUAAAUUUGGAUAUCAUGUCAAUGGAAAUCACCAAAUUCAAGUAGAAAGGCCCUUCAAACCUCCAAAUCAGCGAUCUGUCGCUUUCAAAACAGCUGAAAGUGUUGCUAAGCCAAUUUUUGCAAUUAAUUAUUCUUCAACCACAUCUAAACCAAUCCAACAUAAAUUAAAACUCAAGGAGCGCCCCAGUUUAGCACCGACAUCUUUCAUCAAGCAUCCUGAUAAAACUGUUUCAGCCGUUGAUCGAUCAAUUGAAAAUAGCAAUCCUAUGUCCAACCCAACGGGACAAUCAUCAAAAAUAAUGAAUGCGCUGAGUGUAACACCGGCCUCAGUUUUAUCACCAACUCCUUUAUCUUCUUCCAUAAAAGCUUUCCAUGUUCCCAGAGAAGAUGACAAAAAACAGUUCACAAAAGCUCAUACGCAAAAAAAAUAUUUUCCAGAGCCUGUAAAGAUGACAACCAGCCCAAGGUUCGAGUCUCUUAGAAUCAAAGCAAUAGAUUCGCACUCAAUAACGAGCACAACUCCUAGACCAUCAGUGUCGACAUAUUCCCCGCCAUCAUUAAAUCAACAUAACCGAAUGAUUCAGCCAAGACCGACAAUCUCAGUGUCCACAAUUUCACCACCGACAAUGACUUCUUCUUGGAAAACAAAUUCUCGGGUUCCAUCUUGGAAUAGCAAUUGGAAUCAAAAAUCAAACCAUUAUAAUUAUGAUGAUGACUAUCUUCCAGGCGAUAAAAUAACAUCUCAAAGCACUCCUUAUCGAUAUCAAGUAGAAAGUCCAAGAGGUUUCAAUGGGGCCAGAAAUUUGGUAUCAUCACAGUUUACUGAUCUUGAAGAUUUUGAGCAAACGUCAGCUUCUGAUGAAGUUGGUCGCUCUGUAGCACAUUUACCUCAACCAACAGACUCAUUUAACCAGAAACAUACACCAAUAUCAACUCGAAUUGCAGUUGAAAACCAUCCAGAUUUAUCAGAAAAACAGCGUGAUUCGUUGCUGAAAAUUUUGGAAUCAUAUUAUAAACUAAUACACCAGUUCAACUUAGAUUUUAGGAAGUUAAUCACUGACAGUAAAGGAAAAACCAAUUCCAAAGAAAACGGUACAAUAGUAAUUGAACCAAUUGCUGUUGAGCCAUCUCGUAAAUCAAAAAAUUGACUUGAUUUCGAUUAAAGUAGUCAAAGUUAAAACGAGUAUAAUCAGAGUGAUUCAUCAUUCAAUCAUGUCUUUAAACAUACAUUGAAAAUGAUAUAAACUUGGAACCAACCUUGGAUACAUCAUGGCAGCAUCAACAUAGUCAUCCAUCAUUAUUUAAUUAGUCGAAAGCAUUAGCUUUUAAUGCGAAAAAUAGUUAAUUCUAAUAUAAAAUAUAAAUUUUAUAAAUUGUCUCAUAAUUUUAUUUUAUCACAAUUUGUAAACCACCAAAGAUUAAUCUACUCAAAACUGUAAACAAAGGUGAGCAAACCAGAUCAAGGUAAUGAUGAUUUGUACCCAAAGCUGGCGCCACAAAAUAUAUCGAGUAGCUUAUCGAUAGA